UUUUUGUUUUUUUGUUGAUUACUUACUUAUAAUUGUGGUCCUCUUUUUUAUACCAUUACUAAUAUUGAUUAUUGAUUAUUAUUCUAUUGGUAUUAAUUGAUUAUUCAUCGAAAUCUAAUUCUUAUCAUAGUAAAAUUUUUAUACUUUGUGAGUGUGUGUGAGUCUGUUCAUUUUUUGAGUGUUUUUGUUUGUUUAUUUUUCUCUCUUUCUUUCUCUCUUUCUCUCUCUCUCUCUCUCUUUUCAUCUUCUAUUAUUAUUAUAAUUAUUAUAAUUAAGUAGUCGGUGGUGUAUGUGUUGAUAUUGUUUAUAUGUAAGUGGACUAGUGUGUUUGGGGGCUAUCGGCUGUGUGUGUGUUUUUUUGUGUCUUUGUGCUUGUGUAGAUUUUUGUUUUCUUUGGUUAAAGAGGACUUGUCAUGCAUUCGUUUAAAUUGAUCAAAGAUCCAGAAAUUGCUUCCCUAUUUGAUAAAGAAGAUCCAGAGAAAUAUUUUAACGAUUUAAGGGAAAUUGGACAUGGAAGCUUUGGUGCUGUCUAUUAUGCCCGUUGUACAGUUAAUAAUGAAGUUGUGGCCAUCAAGAAGAUGUCAUUUACCGGUAAACAGUCGGCCGAAAAAUGGCAAGAUAUCAUCAAGGAGGUCAAAUUUUUAGUCAACUUGAAUCAUAAGAACUGUAUAGAGUAUAAGGGUUGUUAUCUAAAGGAUCAUACAGCCUGGUUAGUGAUGGAAUAUUGUCUUGGUUCAGCAUCGGAUAUUAUCGAAGUUCACAAGAAACCCUUAAAGGAAGAUGAAAUCGCUGCCAUAUGUCAUGAUGCUUUAGAUGGUUUGGAGUAUCUUCACAGUUUAGGUCGAAUACAUCGAGAUGUUAAAGCAGGUAACAUUCUUUUAACGGAAGAUGGUACAGUUAAAUUAGCCGAUUUUGGUUCUUCUUCAAUGACCUGUCCAGCAAAUUCUUUUGUUGGUUCACCUUAUUGGAUGGCACCUGAGGUUAUAUUAGCAAUGGAUGAAGGACAAUAUGAUGGUAAAGUUGAUGUCUGGUCUCUUGGAAUCACUUGUAUUGAACUUGCUGAAAGAAAACCGCCAUACUUUAAUAUGAAUGCAAUGAGUGCCUUAUAUCAUAUCGCUCAGAACGAUUCACCAAGUUUAAGCUCACAUUCUGAGUGGUCUGAUCUAUUCCGAAAUUUUGUCGACUCUUGUCUUCAGAAAAAUCCUUAUGAUAGGCCUAAUUCAUCUCAAAUGCUUAAACAUGGAUACAUCACUCGAACUAGACCUUCAACUGUUAUAUAUGAUCUGAUCAAUAGGACGAAAGCUGCUGUUAGAGAAUUGGACAAUCUAAAUUAUCGACGUAUGAAGAAAAUUCUAAUGAUUGAAAAUCAAGAAUUAGAGCGAGCUGGAAGUGAAAUAGAAGGAGAUUCAACGGAGGAUGAUCAAUUGGGAGAUAGUAGUAAAAGUAAUAGUAUUGCCAGUCAACAAAGUGAAGGCAUUAGCACCGGCAGUCAUAGUAGCAGUAAUUGUAGUCUUCCAACCAACUUCGAGAAUAAUGACUCACAUAAGCGUCCACUUUCCGCUCGACGUCAAAGUAGUAGCAACAUGAGUCGUAUUAGUCCUUCGAAUUCAUCUGCUAGUUUGAAUAGCACUGAAUUAGGUGCUAAUAAUUUUGCUACUCUCAGGACCACAUCGAUUGUUAGUCGGCAAAUUAAAGAGCACGAAGGGGAAAAUCAAAUGUACGAACAACUGAGCGGAUAUAAGAGGAUGAGACGACAGCAUCAAAAAGCGAUCCUUCAAUUGGAAGUUAAAUGUCGACAAGAAUUGGAAGAACAUAAAACAAAACUUGAGAAAGAAUAUGAAAAUCUAUUAAGUUCAUUUAGUAAAGACUUGGAGAAGUUACAAAAUAAGCAUCAAAAAGAACUUCAGAAAAAGUCAAAACACAAUCUUGAUUGCGAGAACCGUUUAAGUAAAGCCAUAAAACAACAACAAGAAGAGGAGAGAAAACGAUUACUUCAACAGCAAAAGAACGAGAAUAAAUAUAUCAAAGAGAAACUUGAAUUGGAAUUUGCCAAUAAUCCGGAAUCCUUGAAGAAACAUAAAGAAAGUCUUCAACGUGCUCAGGCUGGAAAUCUGCGUUCAUUAGAGCAAAGUCAAUUAGAACAUUUUAGAUCGGAAAUUCGUAAAUUUCAGCGAAGAAAAUUGGUUCAGUACCAUGAAUUGGAACGAGAUUUACUCCGUGAAGAAUUGAAUAAACGCCAACACCAAUUAGAAGAAGCUCACGCUAUGUUACUUCGACACUAUGAAAUAUCCGUUGAACUUGAAUAUCGUCAGCAAAGAGCAAUUCAUCAGCUGAGAGAUGAUCAGAUAAGAAAACGACAUCAAACCGAAUUGGCUAAUCAGCAAGAGUACAAUCAACGUCGAUUAUCUGAAUUAUCCAAGAAACAUGCUCUUGAAUUGAAACAACAACCUAAAAGUUUGAAACAAAAAGAGUUACAAAUUCGACGUCAAUUCAGAGAAACAUGUAAAACUCAAACACGUCAAUAUAAAGUAUGGAAAGCUCAUGUUUUGGCAUCCACACCCAAAGAAGAACAGAAAAAUGUUAUUAAAAAACUGAAGGAAGAGCAGAUGAGGAAACUUGCCAUUUUAGGUGAACAAUAUGAACAAAGUAUCGCUGAAAUGCUUCAAAAACAAUCAAUUAGACUCGAUGAAUCUCAGGAAGCUGAAGAUCGUCAGCUUAAAGAUCACCUACAACAAGAACUUGAACUGUUGAUUGCUUUCCAAAGUAAAAUUAGAAUGCAAACUGAAGCCCAACGAAAUAGAGAGAAAAGAGAAUUGGAAGAACGAGUUUCCCAUAGAAGAGCUUUAUUAGAGCAAAAGACGGAAAUGGAAAAACUCAGAUUCCAAGAAGAGCGAAAUGAACGACAAAGACUAUUAACUGAUCGACAAGCUCAAGAAGUUCAAACUUUCGAUGAAGAAACCGCUCGACUUGGAUUAAAUUCACUUGCGAUUGCCGAAGCAAGUGAAUCAAUAAGAGACGAUAGCUCAGUUUCCGGUAGUAUGCUCAGUUUGGCGCACAGUAAUAGUGCAAGUUCAUUCACUCACGCUGCCCUAUGACCAAUUGAAUAAUAUUCCUAAUCACAGGAAACUAAUUAUUAGGAUAAAUUUUCAUGGAGGAUGGAAACAAUAUUGUUAAAGAAAAAAACUAAAAGAAAAAUAUUGUACAGAAAAAAGGAAAACUUAAAGACUUCUUCGGAUUAUCACCAUCAUCAACACAACCACCACCACCACCACCAACAACAACAACAACUUCAUCAUCAUCAUCUUCAUUCAUCAUCUCUGUCGAUUUUUUUUCACAAUCAAAAAAAAAUCCAAAGAUCAAGAUUUUUCUUUCUGUCACUUCCUCUAUCUAUCACUUUUUUCCUUUCUACUCUUUCUUGCUCUCGUUUUCUUUUUCUUUAUCAUCAUCUUAACUAUUUCAUCACCCACCUUGACCCUCUAACCCUUUUUUGACAGGCGUGGCGUUAUUAAUGUCACUACACUAAAAGACUUUAUCAUACACACUGUUGAUAUAUUACUUGUAUAUGAGUAAAAACUAAAAAGAAACUGAGAAUUGAAAUCAUCUGGGAUUUUGAUGUUUCUCUUCAUCUUCAACCUUAUUCCCACCUUUAUCUUUUCUCUCUCUCUCUCUCUCUCUCUCUCUCUCUCUCUCUCUCUCUCUCUCUCUCUCUAAAUACCCUCUAUCUCUUUCUCUCUCUAACUAGAAACUUAUACCAUGGCCAAAUUGUCUGUUUUCUAAUUAACAUUUCGCGAGAUGGAACAAACAAAAAAGUGAUCAAGACCUUGAUUGUGUUACGUAAACUCCGUCGGUCAAAGUGUUAACUAUUGGACGGAUUUCCAGGAAACAGCAACAAUUAACUCGUAACAAGGAAGGAUGCAAAAAGAUUGAAAUCAGAUCGAGAACAAGCACUUUGUUGUUUGUUUGUAUUUGUGAUGAUUAACUUUUUUCAUUAUUGUCUAAAUUAUGGUGAUUCAAUUAAUACAACAAAUGGAUAAAAUUUUAACAUGAAUCAGAUUUUUACACUAACUGAUUAAUGAUAUAAGAAAAACUAAAUAAGGAUCAACGCCACUAUCAUUUUUAUCAACUUGACAAUCAGUUAUAUAAACUACUGGUCCAGUGCAAUCAAUUUGUUGCUAUUAACUGAUUGGAAGAGAGAGAAAAACAAAACGAUUUAAUCAUCUUUAAUUAUGUAAAAUUGACUGAUGAUUAUUAUUAUGACGAUGAUGAUAAUGUUUUUGACAAUAAUCCAAUCGGAAGGAGCAGGAAUCAACAUCUUCAAACAAACAACCGGGUUAAGAAUGCAAAAUGGACAACAUUGAUCAAUCGAUGGAGAGAAGAAGAGAAAAACAAAUUUAAUCAAUCAAUAAAAUAACAUAAGAACGUGUUUUUAUUAUAACGUUUAAUUGUUACAACUUUUUGAUUAAUUUUUCUCUUCAUUUCUCUUUUCACUAUUUUGAGAAUCGUAGUUUAUACCGAUGAAAAGAAUACACAAAACAUUCUCGAUGAUGAUAAAGACUUUACUUCUCUUCCAUUAUCUUCUUUAAUUGUAAACUGUAAUUAACACUUAAUUGCAAUUUUCUUUAUUGAUAAAUGACAUAAAUUAUUUGUCUCUUCAUACCAACAACAAUUAACAAUUUCCAUCAACACAAACACACACAAAAAAAACAAAAACCAUUAAAUACAAUAAACUCUUUGAAAAAUAAGAUAGAAUUUUUGUUCUCCAUA